AAGACCUAAGCAUAGAAAACACGCAGGAAGGUUGUCGUACGGCAAGAGGAGUGGCUCAUUGUACUUUGUUCCGCGUUUUUAUGUACCAGUUCAUUUUUUUUUUUUUUUUUUUUUUAUAAUGAAGAUGGUGGACGAUCUGUUGCUUGAGGAGCUGGAGGAUUUGAUGCAUUUCACGGUCAGCGACCUGCCAGACCGCGGCUACAAGGUUAUGGAGGAGAUCCGCAGACAGGGCAAACUCUGUGACGUUACCCUGAAGGUUGGGGAUCACAAGUUCAGUGCUCACAGGAUUGUGUUGGCUGCUUCAAUCCCAUACUUCCACGCCAUGUUCACCAACAACAUGCUGGAGUGUAAGCAGGACGAGAUUGUGAUGCAGGGCCUGGACCCCAGUGCUCUGGAAUCUCUAAUAAACUUUGCUUACAAUGGUGCUCUGACGAUAGACCAGCAAAAUGUGCAGUCCCUGCUGAUCGGAGCCAGCUUCCUGCAGCUCCAGAACGUUAAGGAUGCCUGCUGCACCUUCCUCCGAGAGAGGCUACACCCAAAGAACUGCCUGGGCGUGCGUCAGUUCGCAGAGGCCAUGAUGUGCACGGUGCUGUACGAUGCGGCCAACAGCUUCAUCCACCAGCACUUUGUGGAAGUGUCUAUGUCCGAGGAGUUCCUGGCGCUGGGGCUGGAGGAGGUGCUGGAGCUUGUGGGCCGUGACGAGCUCAAUGUCAAGGCAGAGGAGCAGGUGUUUGAGGCAGUACUAGCCUGGGUGCGGCACAAGCGAGAUCAGCGAGAGCCACGCCUGCCCGACCUGCUCUCCAAGACCCGGCUGCCGCUGUGCCGGCCACAGUUCCUGGCAGACCGCAUGCAGCAGGAGGACCUGGUGCGCUGCUGCCACAAGUGCAGAGAUCUAGUUGAUGAGGCAAAAGACUACCACCUGAUGCCUGAGCGACGGCCACACCUCCCAGCGUUCAAAACCCGGCAGCGCUGCUGCACCUCCAUAGCAGGCCUGAUCUAUGCAGUCGGGGGGCUCAACUCCGCAGGUGACUCCCUCAACGUGGUGGAAAUGUUUGACCCAGUUGCCAACCGAUGGGAGAGGUGUCAGCCAAUGACGACGACGCGCAGCCGGGUUGGCGUGGCCGUGGUGAAUGGCCUUCUGUAUGCAAUAGGAGGGUAUGACGGCCAGUCACGUUUGAGUACUGUGGAAGUGUUUAACCCAGAGACGGAAACCUGGACACGGGUGGCAAGCAUGAACAGUAACCGAAGUGCAAUGGGAACAGUGGUGGUGGAUGGACAGAUCUAUGUUUGUGGAGGGUACGAUGGAAAUGCAUCCCUCAGCUCAGUGGAGUGUUACUCUCCUGAAUCGGACAAGUCAGUCACGAUCUUUCAAUUUAUUGUUUUUCAUCUAUCAAGGUGGACGAUAGCGACCCCCAUGAGUGCCAGUCGCAGCGCGGCCGGGGUCACUGUGUUUGAGGGGAGGAUCUACGUCUCAGGGGGGCAUGAUGGGCUGCAGAUAUUCAACUCGAUGGAGUACUACAACCAGCACACCUCCUCUUGGCACCCUGUGGCGGGCAUGAUGAACAAGCGAUGUCGCCAUGGCUCAGCGGCCCUGGGCAGCAAGCUGUAUGUGGCAGGCGGCUACGAUGGCUCUGGCUUCCUGAGCAUGGCAGAGGUGUACAGCUCAGCAGCUGACCAGUGGAGCUUUCUAGUGCCCAUGAACACGCGGCGCAGCCGAGUCUCACUCGUGGCCAACUGUGGCCGGCUGUACACUGUGGGUGGCUACGACGGCCAGUCUAACCUGAACUCGGUGGAGAUGUACGACGCUGAGACCAACACCUGGACUUUCAUGGCCCCCAUGGUGUGUCACGAAGGGGGCGUUGGGGUCGGGUGUGUGCCUCUCCUCCCAGUAUAGCGCCAGCUGUCCACUUGUACUUUCUGUUACUUUUUGUUUCUUAAUUUAUGAAUUCCAAAACGGAGAGGGACCUUGUGGAUUAUUUGAGUAAAAAAAUGUAAUAAAAGAUCAGUGGUACGUUUCCUGGAGAGCUUGACUGGCCGAUGCAAAGCUGCGUGUGCAAUGAAGAGUGGCCGGUGGACAGCAGAUAGCCAGUUAGAUUGUCCAGCCUCUUGUCUCUUCUGGGUGUCUUGUCUGUAUUCCAGCCUAGUGGAACCCAGUGGAACGAUCACAAGUUCUUUUUAGCUACAACUGUCAAGUUCCUGGUUGUUAACAGGGUUUCUCAAUCACAAAGCCUUCAACAAAACUGUCAGUUUUGUCUGCAGGGUUGGCAGGGUCUUGUCUGUAUGGUCUUUGGAUCAGUUUUCAGGGCAGGUAAAGGAAAGGUUAAAAUGUGAACCAGCACUGUUAGAAAAGACUUUGACUCUGGUCAGUAGCAUGAUGAAGCUCCCUCCAAAUAAAGCAUUACCAAAACAUUUUCAUAAUCUUGUUAAAAUAUAGUGUAUAAUUCUUAAUGAUGUAUGUUUAUGUGAGAUUCUAUAAUUUUACAUUGUUGAUGCUUGGAAUUAACAGCCUGUGAGUUUUCUUGGACCCAUCACUGAUUUUUAAGUAUGUUUCAGGAAGUUAAAAUCAGUAAAAAGUUAAAAUCGGGUCAUAAGACUAAAAUUGUAGACAAAGUUAGUGUUCUGGAAAAACUGUGCUUUGGGUGGUGGUAAGCAGGGAACUGUCUCUUACGACCGCUUGAAUGUGGAAAGAACUACUGUGAACCUGCUACUGUAAUGCUUGUAUAUUUUUAUUCUUGCUAUUUGCUGCUUCUAUUUUCUUUCUUUCUGUUCCAGCUCGGUAUUUCUGUUCCUUGUAUUGUUUUAUCACCUGAGGGUAUUGCCCAUAUCUCGUUUGUGUUGCGCGUCAUGUUUUGAUUAGCCAGUUGCUUUAAGUGAGGUGUUACUAAUAAUAGAUUCUGAAUAUGAAUCCUUUUGGCACACCGUCAUCAAGCCAUCAUAUCUCACUGGAGUAAUCACUGGAGCCCAUCUGAAAGUGUUUAGGUUGAAUUGUGAAGCUUUUGGAGAUUUUUUAUAUAAGAGCUUAGGAAUAGCGGUUUUGGAUAUAGAGUUCCUUUUACUACAAUUACAAUAUGAUAUAUGAUGUCUCUUAUACCACAUGUAAGGAUUCUAAACCAAUUACAUAAAAGUAAGCCAGUAUGCUAUGCCACAAUACAGAAACCAAAUGGGCAAUAAAGC